AUGAGUUCCAACAGUCAUAAUUCAAGUCGUGCACCGUCAGAGCAAACACGAUUACUAGAUAGUCGCGACGAAAGUUCUAGCCAAAAUGAUACCAAGUUUACUCACUUUUUUGUAACGAUUUCUGUGGGAUACGCUUAUGCUAUUAUCAAUUUACUUUCCUUCUACUAUUCUGAUCGGGGUCCUUUUUUCGUUACUGGUGGGUCACAAAUAGCUUUCUGGGGAAUCUACAGCAUUGGAUUAAUUUCUUCCACGGCACUUCGAAUUCGACAGACGAAAGAUGCCAUUGUAUUCGUUAAACACUGGUUACUGGGAUGCUUUAUGACAAUUCUUUAUUUUUUAAUAUUUAUCUCAUACCUCCAGGAUCAUAUGUACUCUUUGGACCCUCCUAAACGUCCAGUCGACCUUCCUCGAUGGAUAUGGAUUAUCAUCGGUUUGGUUUUGUGUGGAUCCAUUGAAUCACACGCAUAUUGUAUAAAAAACUCUAACGAUAUUCUGGUUGCCGUUCUGAUGACAAUAACUUAUGUGGUUCUUUUAUGCCCCAUGCCUCUGUUUCUGUCGCAGAUGGGGUUAUUAUUUCCUUUAAAAUGGCUAAUUUCUUCCCCAAAUUUUUUUGUCCUUUCCUUGAUGUCCUUUUGCGCUAUCACAUUAUACCAAACUUCUUCUUUCGAAAUGGCUUUAUACUGGAAGAAAAAAUUUAUUGUGGCUUGUUUAAAAUCUUUUUGUUUUACUUCUUGUGUAGGCACUCCUGCUUUCAUUUCAGCAUUUACAAAGCAUAUGAAGGGAACCGAUAGCUUGCCAAAAGGAUUUUGGUAUGCCAUGGCUGCUACUGCAGAUGCUCUAGCAAUCCUAGAGGCGAUGUACCCGGGUGCUUUAUACAGAAUAUAUCGUGGCAUAAAAGAUCCCCUUUGGAAUUCUAAACCGACAAAUGAUGACCCAACGGAAGAAGUCUGA